AUGCAGAACCCACUCCUCGUGGGCGUAGCGAAGAUUCCGUUGUUCAUCCUGGUGCAAUUGCUCAGCGACAUUGCGAGCAACGCCGCGGAACUCCAGAUGAGGUGUUAUGGUCUGCAAGGGUCCGAAUUCCUCUACGCCGCGCAGAUCUCAAUCGAAGAACAUGUGCGAGUCCUGAUCGAUUGUCCGCACGGACCUGUCGUCAAUCACGCCUUCGGGCCUGCCUCACAUCUGUUCGUGGUAUGGCCGCUCCUCGAACGCGGCACCGAGACUACCAUUCGGCUUGCAAAAGUGACCCUGGAGAGAGUCCGAUCGUCCAUCGAAGACGAGGCCGCAGACAGCCAUCAGCGCAUUUCACACGACAUUGCAUUGCUUGACCGUAUCCUGCACGACCAGCAGACGCUAGAGAAGUGUGCGCGAGGCGACCUUGAGGCAAUGCGAUCGCUGAGCUGCUCUCAUUUUCCUGCUCGUGUGUGCGGUUCGGGUCUUCUGGAGAAGUACGAUGACCUCUUGAAAGAGACGUGGUAG